UGCAGCUGAAGCCCUGCAGUGCUGCUGAGCCCUGCGGUGCUGCUGAGCUGCAGGUGCACAGGCAGCACCCAGCCAUGAGGCAGCCCAGUGCCAUGGCAGAGCUCCGUGCCCCUCUGGCACAGGACCCCUGUGCAGGGAGCCCUGCAGCUGCCCCCCGUGCCCACGGGGAGCUGGGGCAGGGCUGGGGGGAGCUGGGCAAGCCCAGCACCUCCAUCAGCCUCAGCCCCCAGAGCCUGGCUGGGACCCUGCCCGGGGAGGGGAGGCUGGGCACAGAGCCCUGGCAGCCAGCUCUCAGACAGGGCUGUGCCCCCUGCCCCGUGCUGGCUGGCUCUGGGGGUGCUGCUGAGGCUCCUGCUGCCAGGGCUGCAGCUCCUCAGGAAACAGCCCAGCAGCCUGGCAGCAUCCCCACUGGGAAGGGACAGACCCUGCGUGCCAGGCAGCCCCAGCUCCUGCCUGCAGCUGAGGGGCACAGAGCCGGGGGGCUCAGCCAGGACACGGAGCCAUCCACUGAACCCCCCCCUCUGAGCCCAUCCCAGCAGCCCGAGAUCCCCCCUGGGCACACCCAGCUCCCAGAGGGCUCAGAGGGCCCAGGGGCAGCUGCACAAAGGGGUUUGCUGAGGGGCCCUGCUGAGGUGUGGGCUGAGGGGAGGAGAGGCCCUGGCCAGCCCCCUCUGGUUCCAGAAGAGGCUGUGAGGGAGCAGACGGGUCCUGCUCACCCCUCAGCUGCACACGAGGCUUUGUCCACCACGCCCGAGGCUCCCUCAGCCCCCGUGAGGAGAUUCCUGAGCUGUGUGCACAUCACCCUCUGCUCCAGGGUCGGUCACCCCAGUGCCAGCAGUGCCAGCAGGGCUGGGGACGGGGUCAAGGUGUGGGACAAGCCUCGAGGCAAGGCUCAGGCUGUGGCUUUACAAGCAGCUCCAGAAGCUUCAGUGGAAGGUGUUCCUAAAUCCCCUGCUGCUGAGGCUGCUCCAGAGGAUCCAGCAGAUCCCAGCCGGGUGCCUUCCCCCAGGCAGGAGCAGCUGCAGGGCAGGGCCAGAGCCCAGCUCCAGGCCUGGGGGGCUCGGGGUGCACAGGGCAUCCCCAGCUCUGCAAAGCCUGGCAGAAGGACUUCUGAUGCUGCCACCCAGAUCACCACGGAGAGCCCUACAAAAGCCACGCUCUCAGCAGAAAUCUGUGUUGAUCCCCAGGAGGGGCGAAGUGGUGCCCAGCAGCCGUCGCUCCCCAGCGCCCCUGGAGCUCCUGGGAUUGCAGCUCCAUCCCACACGGAGAUUCCCCCCUUCCCAAGGCAGCCUGCCCAGCCCCUGCUGCUGCCCUACAAGCCCUGGGGAAGCUCUGGCAUGUAUUAUGUGCCUUUCCAGAAAGCAGGAGGCAGCGUGUCCCCAGGGGAGCCCGAGGCCAGCACAGCCAGCUCCUGCUCAGGCUCAGAGGAUGCUCCUGCUGCAGGGAUCCUGGCCCCAGUGCUGGGUGUGGGGGAUGAGCCUGCUCCAGCCAGGGCAGCUGCCCAGCACAGGGGGACAGGCCACGGGCACAGGCCUAGGCUGGCCUGGGCUGAGGAGCACAGCACGCCCCUGGAACAGUCCUCAGAGCUCCCAGCUGGUUCCCGGCGUGCAGAACCCUCCCGCGCUGUCCCUGAGCCCGCCGGGCAGAGCUGCUGCCAGCACCCCAGGGAGCUCCCCAGGGCCAGGGCUGGGCACCCUGCCCGGGGCCAGCGGGGUCCCCGUGCCCCCCAGGGCACAGAGGGGCCGUUCUUUGCCCUCCCUGCAGAGGCUGAUGACAGCAGGAGCGAGGAGCCGAGUGCCAGGGCAUCCUUUGGGCACGGAGCUGCUGGCACUGAUCCUGGGCCACGGGGCCCCGCUGCUCCCCUGCAGGAGAGCAUGGGGAAGGCACCCCGGCAGCGGGGCCAGGCCAGGGGCAGCCUGGACGAGCUGUGGGUGAGGUUCCUGCAGCGGCAGGGCACGCAGCAGCUCCGCGGGAGCGGCGAGCUGUCCCUCGUGGAGCGCCUGGAUCGGCUGGCCAGGCUCCUGCAGAAUCCCAUCAGGCACGCCCUGGCGCCCACAGCGGCUGGGGAGAAGGCUCCUGAGGAGGAGAUCCAGGGAAGGGAGCAGCCAGAAACUGGGCUGGCAGGAAAAGGCAGCUCUGGGAGCAGCACGGAGCCGAGGGCAGCGCGAGUGGGACGGAGCCAUGGCAGCAGCAGGCCGGGGCAGAAGGUGAUCCAGCACCUGAGCAGGAUCCUGGAGGAGCAGCAGCACCUGGGGAUCCCCAGUGACAGCUCCUCGGAGAGCAGGCUGAGCCGAGAGCCCAGCAGCUGCAGCACCUGCAGCACCUCGGCGUGGGACACGGGGACAGGGCUGGACACCUCCCCUGCCUCCGGGGACAGCAGCUCCCUGUCCCUGUCCACCAUCGACACGGCCAGGCUGCUCCGGGCCUUCGGGCAGCACAGGCUGGCCCCAGGCACGGACACACCCAGCCCGGCCCCACAGCUGGCCCCAGGGCUGGCCCCAGGGCUGGCCCGGCUCUACUGUGCCAUCAGCCAGCAGAAGAGGCGCUCCGAGAAGUGGCACGGGCACAGUGGAGGAGCAGGGGCCGGGCCGUGUCCCCAGGGGGCUGCUCCGAGCCUCGGGAAGGACCAGCAGAGCCAGAGCACCAUCCCCUUCUCCUCGGAUUCCACCUGUGCCAGCAGCAGCUCCUGGGGGCCCAGCUCUGCCCUCAGCCACAAGCGCCGGACACGGAUGCUGAGCAAAGGCAUCCAGGCAGGGGACCUGGAGAUCGUCAGCAGUGCCACCAGGAAGAACACCCGGGACGUGGGGGUGACCUUCCCCACGCCCAGGAGCAGCCAGCAGCUGUGGGAGCCCCCGGGGCAGGGACAGGGACAGGGGGGAGCCUGGCAGCAGCCCCGGGCACGGCCGGGCAGGCUCCUGACAGACACACGGAGCAGGAGGAGCAGGCUGGGGACUCAGUGGCUCGUCCCAGCAGAGGACUUGGAAUGUGAGUCGAGGAAGGAAAACCAGUGCAGCGCCACUCCUGGCCCUGGGCCAGCCUGGUUUGAGCCCUGGAGCAGCACAAAGCCUUGGAGAGAGCCCCUGCGGGAGAGGAACUGGGAGGAGCAGCCCGGCCUGGGCCAGGGAGCCGUGACACCCCCGGGGGCUGGCAGGGGGCUGGGGCAGCCCCUGGGCAAGCUCUCGCUGCAGGAGGCCCUGGCCCUGCACCGCCCCGAUUUCAUCUCGCGCUCGGGGCAGCGCCUGCGGCACCUGCGGCUGCUCCGCGAGGAGAGGAGGCUGCACUCGUCCCAGGGGGAGAGACUGCUGCCACCCCGGGGGGACAGACUGCUGCCACCCCGGGGGGAGAAACUGCUGCCACCCCGGGGGGAGAAACUGCUGCCAGCCCAGCAGCUGCUGCAGCCUGCAGGGAGGAGGAAGGACUGCAGGACUGCAAAUCACCUGGUGUCCAGCCGAGGUUUCCUGAUGAGAGAAAAAAGAAGAGCAAUUCCCAAGCAUGAGAUGUUUCAAAGAUCUAAAAGGAUGUACGAGCAGCUCCCCGAGGUGAGGAGGAAGAGGGAGGAGGAGCAGAGGAGGCUGGAGUACAGCUCCUACCGCCUGAGGGCUCAGCUCUACAAAACUAAGAUCACCAGCCGUGUCCUGGGGAAGAAGGUGUCCUGGAGCUGACCUCGGCCAGGCUGGGCUGAGCACACAGCAGCUGCAGCAGGGAGAAGGCAGAAAAUGCUCCUGCAGCCCCACUUGGUGCUCUGGGUCACUGCUGUGCCCAUUGAUCCUGCCCUGUGUAAGAACCAGGCACUGGGGGAGUGUCAGGGUUUAAAUAAAUAGCUGGGCUUUUAUACUGGUGUUAGGCACUUCCAGAGGAAACAGAGUCUGGAAAAACUUGCUUCAUAAUAUAUUUAUAACUCCCUGAUUGGAAUAGCAGUUUUAUAUAUUUAUUUUCACUGGGUUUUAACGAGGAUUUUUUUAUUUUUUUAAUUCCUGUCUCAAUGUAGAAAAGUCACUUGUUAUGUUUUGUACUUCAAUAAAACAGCAGAGUUGUAAUAA